AUGCCUGGGGUGAAGCGGGGGAUUCAGUGCCUGUUCUUGGAGGAGCGCAUUGCCGCGGAAGGGUGCGUGGUGCUCCUUGUGGAGGCUUUCCGAAGUUCCUUUCACGUGAUACAGCCCUUUCUUGCCACCAUCGCGGAGCCGACGUCUCGGCCCUCGCUGAUGCAGGAGUACCGUAUGACUCCCUUCUCGCUGGGCACGACUGUCUCUGGCAGCAUCCCAGCCUACGAGGUCAUACAGUUUCUGGACGAUUAUGUCUAUGGCUUUUGUGAGGAGGGGACGAGGGAGCGUCGUGCACGCGUGUCCACCUUCAUCGAGACUUGCAUGAGCCGCUACAAUCUCGCCCGUAUUGUCAUUGACGAUCAACGGACUUUUCUCGAGUGCGAAAACCUUGCGACCGCUGAGACGCUCCUAGGUGAUGCUGUCGUGCGUUCACUAUGUGCUGCACCAUACGAGAUCGUUACCGCCGCUGCUCGUCCUUUUGUUCUGCUGCGGAGCCGCGCUGUCGCAAGACUUGUGGCAGAACGAUGUGUUCUGCUUGGUUACCCACUUCAGCAACAAUACGACUACGAAAGGGAUGAGGGUAUCCGCAACGUCAAUGUCAUGCUGAAGACGCAGACAAAGCCGCGCCCGUAUCAAAUCGAUGCGGUCAACGCCGCCGCGGCUGAUGGAUCUCUUCGUAGUGGCUGCAUCGUCCUUCCAUGUGGCGCCGGUAAGACACUUGUUGGAGUCAUGCUACUAUGCAAGGUGAAGAAGCCGACAUUGAUACUCUGCGCAGGAAGCGUGAGUGUUGAGCAGUGGAAGAAUCAUAUAUUGGAGUUUGCUAACAUUUUCGCCCCUGAUACAAGUGAAGAGGCCUUCACUGCUACAAGGCACAAGUCCACUCAGGAGGGUGCCGCACGCAUUGCGUGUCUAACUGCGAAGCAGAAGGAUGAAAUCACAGAUGAUAUCGAUGUUGUUCUCACCACCUACAGCAUGCUGGUGACAGCACAUAAAGCCCAGAUGCGGCGUCACGCGGAGCGCGCAAGUGGCGCCUCAGACGACGGGCGACAAAAGCGGCGACGUUCAAACCCGAAGGAGAAACUAUUCCAACCAUACGGCCUUCUUAUCAUGGACGAGGUCCAUGUCAUGCCUGCGGAGGCAUACAAGGAGAGCUUGAGCCUUGUUGAUGCGAGAGGUGUGGUGGGACUUACAGCAACAUACGUGCGUGAAGACGCAAAGAUACGAGAUCUCUUUCACUUGGUGGGACCAAAGCUCUACGACAUGUCGUGGGAAACAUUGGCGUCUAAUGGAUACCUGGCGAAUGUAACUUGCAUCGAAGUCAUGACACCAUUGACGAGGCAGUUUAGCCUUGAGUACAUGGAACGGAGUGGUGAGGAUAAAACUUUACAGCAGCGGAAGAUGCCUCUGCUGGUAAUGUUGGCUGCCGCAAAUCCAAACAAGAUGCUUUGCGUUCUUGAGCUGGUACGAAGGCACAUCAAUGAGUCGUCCAAGAUACUCGUUUUUUGCGACCACCUCAUGCUCCUCAAGGAGUACGGGAAUCUGCUUCGCGCCCCUGUGAUCUGUGGGGAGACGCCCCACCGUGAACGCUUGAUGAUCUUCUCGGACUUUCAGAGCACCUCGAAGUUGAAUGUCAUUUGCUUGUCGCGUGUGGGCGACGUCAGCGUCAACCUCCCUAGCGCCAACGUUGUGAUUCAGGUUUCUAGCCACGGCGGAAGCAGGCGUCAGGAGGCGCAACGCCUUGGCAGGAUCUUGCGCCCAAAAGCCACAGCGAGCAACGGGAAAGCCGUCGACGCGUGGUUCUACACGGUCAUCAGUACUGACACUGUGGAGAUGGCCUAUGCGGCACACCGCACAGCGUUCCUCGUUGAUCAGGGUUACACGUGCCGCAUCAUGGAGUUUCGCCCCGGCGAUGGGGCUGCAGGUGACACUACCGCGGCCACCACCAUCGUCCCUGACGUCACGGAGGCAGGUGAUGUGGUGAGCAUAAAGCAAGAGAAACUCCGUAGCNUGUUCAGGCAGUCAAAGCUUCAGUGCGAGUCGCCGUCAGGCCCGCAGGGCUCCAUAGACGCGGGAAGUCUCGACUAUCAGCUGAAUCUGCUCGCGCGCGUUGUCUCUAACUGGGAGAUGGAAUACCAUGGGCAGAUCUUGCACCGGGCAGCAGCAGGAUCGAAUGACACUCAUCCAGAUGAUGCGGAUGAUGAUGUCGUGGAGAUUGCUCCAGAAAAGGACCUUGCGGCGAUCAAGCGGGAGUGGGCGUCGGCGAGUGGUGUGGUUCAGCUUCAGUCGGAUCAUUGCUACACAUCUCUCCAGAGCUUGGUCGGUGUGGAUGAGAACUUUGUGUACCACGAGCUCUAG